AAUUUGGAAAAAUCUGAAAAAAGAAACAAAAUGUGUUGGUUUUUCAUUGUCAUAAAAGUGUUAAUGUUAAAGCUACUACUGGCCAGCAUAUCCGGUCUAAGUGAGGUCGGGGCCAGCCCAAAUUAUGAAUAUGGUUAUCAUCCUAGUGCCGAGGAAUUUGAUAAUCUCCUAAGAGAAACCCAUCGAACCUGGACCCAUGAUAUUUUGAAAAAGCAAUCCGACAGAGAAUUAUAUCGCCACCAAGCGGAGAAUCAAGUCAAUACCUUUGUGCCAAAAUUUCAAUAUGAAAAUCAUCAUUUGAAUAAAUAUUUCAAUAAUUUUAAUAAUAUUCCCACUACCACACCAACAUCAACAACGACGAGUAGGCCCAAACCCCACAUUUUUAGCCAAGAUCUUCAAGAAUCUGCCACCAAUAAUCGUUAUCAGGAUCUACAAGAAUCCGCCAACAAUAAUCGUUAUCACUUUGCCUCCAAUAUGGAUUUCCAUUUGAACGACAAUAUCUUUGGGAAUAAUGGCAAUAAUGACGACGACGACGAGGUGGGAAAUCAAAUCUACGAAGGUGAGGUGGACAUGAAGGACAAUGCGGUGGUGCCAUUUCAAACGAAACCUGCAAAUUUCCCCGAAAUCAAUUUGAAACCCAUACACCCCAAUGAAUUGGAAAAAUAUUCACUCAAUAAUCUCUAUAAAAAUAAUACCCGGGCCCAUUUCCCCAUAUAUUUUACCAAUCCCUCGACGGGCAUUGUCUAUGCCAUUACCGAAAUGGGUAAAUCGCCCAACAAUACCCUGCCGCGGACGAAUGGUAGCAUACCCAUUUUCAUAACCAAAGAACAAUAUGAACGCGAUAUCCAACAGCUCAAACAGGAAUAUGAACAACAAUGUAAAACACCCCCCGCGGAUGAUAAGGAUACGAAUAAAAUCAAUACCAAAUUUCAAAUACCCUCCUCGUUCUCCAGGCCUCAGAAAAAUAAUCAAACCUCGGUGACCACCAUGAGACCACAAAUUAUACGAUUAAAUUCCAAACCCAAUACCUCAGCAGCACCUUCGGUAUCUAAAUUAAUUACACCCCUCAAGAAACCCUCUCCAGUUAUUGUUAGAACCGAAUUAACGGUAAAGGAUAAAAUUGCUCCCGGCAUUUCCACCACCACAGCAAGGCCUUCACUAAAUCAUCGACUGAAAUUGAAAAAUAAACGUAAAAAUAAAAAAUCCAAGCCGCCAGGACAUAGAAUAUCGAGUACAGCAAAACCUAGGCCCACCCAGGGUCUGUUGGCUCCCGGAGGUGGUCCGCCCAUCCUGGUGGGUAAACGUACCACCACAAGACGUCCCUAUGAGGGCAUAUACAAAUUGGCAACCCAAUUGGAAAAACCUAAUUUUGGUACUACGAUUUUUUCCACCGCUCCCAUAACUGCCACCGCCACCAGUAAGGGGGAGGCAGCAGGAGGAGAAGGAACAAAAGGACAACUGGAAUUUAUUAAUUUGGAUAGGAAACGUAGAUCAGCGAAUAAACAGGGAUAUGAGGAGGAAAGAGGGAGAUCGGUUCAUGAAAUUCAAAUGAAUGUUGAAACUGAAGGCGGCAAUGAUAUUAAUAAUGAGAUGGAAAUUGGGAUUAAUUUUAAAGAUGAAAACCAACCCAAGAGGAAUCGGAGAACUAUAAAUAAUAGAGAAAAAGAAAUCAAUAAGAAAAUACGGGAGGUAAUGGAAUUUAAAAGGCAUCGAAAAACUUUACCGGGAGAAGAAAAUAAAACCCUGAUAUUCUCUGAAGGAGAAAAUGGCGCCCAACUGAAUCAGGGAUUUAAAAGUGAAGAUAAGAUUUGGAACUAUAACGAAAGUGAAAAGGAUAGUGGAAACGAAAGGAAUUCGGAAGAGAUUCUAAGAAUGGAAGAUAAUGAAAUCGAUAAUAUUGAAAGCAAGGAUAUCGAUAACCAAUCUUAUUCUAAAGACAUCAAUUCUAAUGACGAAAUGAAAAGAAACGCAACCGAUAAUAUUGAAAGCAAGAGCAACAAUAAAAAUUCGAAACAUAAAAUUUUCAAAGAUAGAAUCGAAGAAGACGCAAUCGAUAAUAUUAAACGCAAAGAUGUCGAUAACAAUUCUGACGACAGUAAUUCCAACAAUUUUAAUAUGGAAAUGGAGGAAAUCAAGAAUAUCGAUAACAAUUCCAAAGAGGAACAUGAUUUCAAAGAAAAGGACAUUUAUGGAGAUUACAUAGGAGGGGAUAUUGUCAAGGAUUCCUUGGAAGCAUUUCCAGUUUGGCGGAAACGAAGAACUCUUAGUUUAGAUAGCGAUGAAGUCGAUGAGGAACCUUGGGAGGGACAUGCCACCGAUGGAGAUGAUUAUGAAACAAGUGGAGAGAGGAAGGAUACAUAUGAAGUCAACAAAGAUGGUAAUAAAAUCAAUUACCUCGAUAAUAAAAUUCAUGGGGAACAGGGAAUAAUCUAUAAUAAUAUACAGCAAGUGGAGAAAAUCCGCAAGGAUAUGUGGAAUGCAAUGGAUGACGAGGACUUAAAAGCACAUUCAAAAGACUUGGAAUUAAAAACUCCCAGGGAACCUAAAAACGAUAACGAUAAGUUGUCAGGAGAAUCGAUACACUCAGACCAGGAUAUACAGAAAUUAGAAGGCGAUGAUGCGAAAGGACAUUCAAAAUAUUUGGAAACUAGUGACAAACGAGAAGAAAAAUCUGAGAAUGAUGAAUUUCCAAAAGAAUCGUUACAACCUGAUCUAAAAGGACACUCAAUGUAUUUGGAAAAUAAAAUCGAUACAGGCCCAAUGAAAGAAAGCUCUGGAAGCCAUAAAUCGCAAGGGCAGCCUAGGAGCUCUGAUAAUGAAAAAAAUUACGAUAGCGGAAAGCAUAUGAGAACUAUUGGAAAAGAAUCCACAAACGUGCGUUUUAUUGUGAAAAAUAUGUCUAUCGAUAACGAUAAAUCAGAUACCGAUAACAUGAAAUUAAAAUCUGCUCUCCCAGAUAAACAAAAAAUAAUCAAUUCUGAGGAAAAUAUGAAAAAUAAUACACAUGGAAGGGAGUCAGAGGCUAGUUACGACAAUUUGUUGGUAAAAUAUAUAAAUACCAAUAAAGAAGAAGCAGAUAUCGAUAACAUGCAAAUCCCAUCAGGAAUCUCUAAGAUCCAAAAUGAAAUCGCUUCUGAACUAAAUGUGAAAAAUAACCUAAAUGAAAUUGGGUUAGAAGAAAAAUUCGAAAGUUUUUUAGUGAAAGACAAAAUUAUCGAUAAAGAAGAACCUGAUAUCGAUAAUAACAAAGGACAUUCGGAUCCCUCAUAUAAUCAAAAAAUCGAUGAACAUCAUGUGAAGAAAAUUCAACAUGAAAAUGAACCUGAGACAAGGCAGUUUUUACUGGCAAAUAUAAAUAUCGAUAAAGAAAGUGGUGUAAUCGAUAACAUGCAAGGACAAUCUGAAGUCCAUAAUAAAGUAGGUGGUGAUAUCGAUGGCAUGCAAGAACAAUCUGGAGACCAUGUUAAUCAAAAACUUUACGAUUUGGAUGAAAGUGUGAAUAAUUAUCCACAUGAAAGUGAGCUGAAGGGAAAUAAUGCAGCCGUUUUAGUGAAAAACACAAUAAUCGAUAAAAAGAAAUGGGAAAACGAUAACAAGAAUGAAUAUUCUGGCCCUUUAAAUAAUCGGCAAACCCAUAGAAAUGGACGCACCGUUAGAAACAUUAAAGAAAGAGCUGAACAAUACCAAAAUGAUGAACAUUUUUUAGUGAAAAAUACCGAUAUCGACAAAGAAAAAACUGAUAUCGAUAAUAUUGUGGGUCUAAAGUCUAAACUUCCAGAUAUUCAAAAUCAACAAUUCAAUGUUAAUGGGCCUACAAUAAUCGAUAAUGGAGGAGCUGAUAUCGAAAACUUAAGAGAAGAACAUACAUUUUCCGAUAAUCAAAAAAUCAUUGAUAAUCUAAAAAUGACAGCAAAUAUUGCCAGUGAAAGUGAAAAAACUGAAAUGGAGAAAAACGACGGCCGUCUCUUGAUGGAAAGUGAAAUUAUCGAUAACAUAAAAAGUAAAAGUGCUAGUACAGAAGGAAAAUCUGAAUUGGUAAACAAUGAAGAAGUCAAGAAUAAUGUACAAUCCUUGAGUAGAACUGCAUACGAUAGUGAACAAAUGAUAUUCGGCAAAUAUAAGCCAACUAGUAAUAAGAAAUUAGUGGAUCUAAAAUAUGUUAUCGAUAAUAAAUAUGGUGAUAGUACAAUUAACUCCUACGAUUUCGAUGCUAAGUCAAAUGUGGACACGGGGGAAAAAAUUAUAAACGAGAUAAAAAACCUGCAAUCUAAGAUGAAUAUUAGAAACCAAAAAUUAAUCGAUAAUCAAUUAAUCGAUAUCGAUAUAUCCAGUGAACCAAUUUUUAGUGACAACGUACUCGGUUCUAAUAAAAAUAGUAAAGAAACAACUAAAAAUGAAAUUGAAAGUGUUGGCAUGGAUAAUACAGUUCCGAGACAAAAACGUUCUCUGAGAGUAAAUAACCAACAAGGAAUCGAUGAUAAAUUAUCUCAGCAAGAAUUUUCGAGACAAAAACGUUCUCUGAGAGCAAAUAAUCAACAACGAAUUGAUGAUAAAUUAUCUCAGCAAGAAUUUUCGAGGCUUUCGUUUUCAAAAGAAAGUAGAAACGCAAUGGGAAAUGGAGAAUAUGAUUUGGGUGAAAGUGAAAAUGGUAUUGGACGCGAAAGUGAAUUUGAGAAAAAUUUGGAGAGCCCAAUAGGCAAAGAUUUUUUAAUAAGUUUAAAUGCUGAAGACGAUAGCCAAGGUAAAGAAUUGAAAAAUAAAUUUAAGUUCAAAUCGAGUACUAAAAAUUUAAAAAUGACAAAUGUGAAUGAUGAAAUUGGAGAAAAUAAAAAUGGAGUGGAAACAAAUUUCAAGCAAUCAGUUGGGAUGGAAUCGGAAAUCGAUCCUAAGUCGAGUACUAAAAACGAAUUUUCAAUUGUUUUUCAAAAUAAAUUGGAAAAUAAAAAUCGGAAGAUCCAAGGUUUUGAUAGUGAAACGAAUAACAAAUUGGAAAAGGCGAACAAAACGGAAAAUUUAAGGAAACCAGACAAAAUUUUGAAAAGUAUUGAAAACUUCCAAAUUACUUCUCCCCAUGAAAACAAAGCUCCAAAUAAUGAAGUGCGGUCCAGUAUAAAAUCAAGACAAGAAAAUUCAAAUAACAUUUUUAAAACGCCAAAAUUUGAAUGCAAAAAUUUUAAGAAUUUCGAAAGAAAUAAACCCUUAAUGGCUCAAAUAAUAACAAAUUUAAAGAAGACCCUUUCCGAAUUGAACCCAAAAUUGAAAAUAAAUCCAAGUGAAAUAUUAAAAGUCUCCAUUGAAAGAAGUUUAAAUCCGGAUUUUCAAAGUGAACUGAAGGAAAAACUCAAGUUACUGCUUGGGAAAAAUAUUUUGAAUUUAAGGAAAAAUUUGCUGAAAAAUAAAAUUGAAAAUAAAAUGUAUUCAAAUUUACCAAAACGUAUCCAAAGUGAAAAUUAUCCAGUUUUAAAGAAAUUGAAUCAAAAUCGAAAUGAAAUCAUAAUUUCGAAUAAAGAUAGCCAAAAGAGUGUUCGUUACUUGCAUAAGAGAUCGGCAAGUUACCCCAACUCUAGCAGCCUUCAAGCAAAGCCCAACUCAAACACCCUUAAACCCAAUGCAAGUAAGCUCAAACCAAGUGCAAGCAACCUCAAACCCAAUGCAAACCACCUCAAACCCAAUGCAAGCAACCUCAAACCCAAUGCCAGUUUACCGAAAUUUGUUAAAAAAUCCUCGAUGAAUUCAACUGGAAUUCAAAAUUCAACAGCGAUCCCUGGAAAUUCUCUCAACAAUUCAACUCAAAAUCCAAAUUACUCAACUAACAAACUUCCCAUAACCGCAAAUAACAGAUCCACAGCCAAUGCCAAACGCAGUAAAUUCAAAACCCCAUUGAAUAUCACCAAAAUAAAGGACCAUAAAAAUCGAAAAUCAAAUUCCACUUCCAAACGGAGAAAAUCCGCAACAAAAUCCAAAAAAAAACGUAAAUCUCAAAAACCAAAACCCUCGAAGAUACCUAACCUAAAAAUCAACAACUCUACUAAUUCGAAUACAACUCAGACUGAAACCACAACAUCGAGGUCCACAAAAGAGACGGGUGGCAAGAGAAGUAAACUCAGCAAGGAUGAAGAUGAGGAUUAUGAUUUUUUCGAUGCCGGAGGAGGAGUACCAGCUGAUGAUGAUGACGACGAUGAGGAGGAGGAUGAUAGUGAAGAAGAGGAUGACGACGAUGAGGAUGAUUAUGGAGAUUCCUAUGAGUCCCUGGAGGAAACAACCCCCAUAGAGGAAAAUGUUAGCUCCGCUGAACCGGAAGCUGAUUUUGGCGCCCUACCUGAAGAAGCGGAGCAGCAGCAAACUACUAGCUAUGAACCUGAACUAAAACCCAUUACAAAUUCCUAUGAAGAGUCCACAAGUCAAACCAAAUAUGAUCCACCCAAAGUGGAUUUUCGGAAACGCAUACGAAGACGUCCCGGCACCAAACGACCCUCGGACAAUGAUUACGAGGACGACGAUGAGGAGGGAGAUGAUGAUGAUGGUGUUUCCGGUUUGAGCAGUAAUUUGGGUGGAUUUUUUCGCAUGAUCUUCUAUCCCGUGCAAAUGGUGUUUUCCAGCAUCAUGGACACAUUUGGUGCAGGUGGCAGUGAUUUAGAUAACCGAAAACCAGCCAUCGGUUCUGCCUACCCAUAUCCCCAAUACACCUCAUAUCAUAACACUUUGAAACAACAUUCCAAUGAUGAUUAUGUCUACGAUGAUGAAGAUGAUGACAUCGAUGACUAUGACGGUGACUCCGGUGAAUCCUCACUUACCGGUUGGUUUAGUUCUCUGUUUGGUUUCAAUAGACGCAACAAGAAAAUUACCAGUACCACAAUUUCGCCGGCUGCUGCUGCUGCAUCUUCACAUAAUAAACCCGGCAAGACAUCAGGCAACUGGUUUCAGUCGUGGUUUGGUUUUGGCAAUUCUGAUGGUGUGGAUAAAACCGAUUCCAUUGUCUAUGAAGAUGAGAGUGAAUAUGAUAAAUGGUUUUCCAGUUGGUUUGGUGACAUCAAACCAAAAGCUCGCAAGCGGACAACGACUACAACCACCACAACGACACAGCUGCCACAGGUACCCAUACUGACAAUUGUCGAUCCGAUGAGAAAUCCCCAAAAUUGGAUUGGUAUUUUGGCCCAUCAUAUCAUCAAUCAAACUUCGACCACAACCCAGAGUCCCUUGAAAGAGAUUUGGUCGAGGGUAACAUCUCCCGCAACCACAACAACAACUGAAAAUCCUGAUAUUCCAAGGAAAAUAUCCUAUAAUAAAUAUCAAAUAUGGCGUCUCAAGCCUCAGGAUGAUUCACAGGUCCAGGCCCUGGAGGAUUACAAGAAUAGCGAUGAGGGCAAUAAACUGCAAUGGCUGAAGGGACCGAGUUUGAGAGGCCUCACCGACGUUUUGGUUCCACCCCGCAUGCUAAACGAUUUCCAGACUUCCCUCUCCUUCGAAUCGAUAGAUCAUGAAGUUUUAAUUUUUGAUGUUGGCAAAGCCAUUGCCUAUGAGAAGUCCAAAGAAGAUUAUCUCCUUACGACGACACAGAGUCCCAAGAAGCGCCAUAAUACCAAUCGUUUUGCCAACAACAACAACAAACCAUUGGCCAUGACCUGGAUGCGUUACUAUGAAUUCGAUGAUAUUGUUACAUAUUUGGAAAAUAUGCGAAUGCGUUACCCGCAGCUGGUCGAGCUGAUACACAUUGGUCGUUCGUAUGAAGGUCGGCCCCUGAUUGUUAUGAAAAUUGAAAGUAAAGAAGCCGCCGCGGCGAAUUCGGCAAAUCUUCAAACGCACGAAAAGGCCAAGUUGAGGAAUAAGAAGAAAAUCGGAAUUGCCAAUGCGGUGUUUAUUGAGGGCGGAACACACGGGGCCGAAUGGAUUGCACCGGCCACGGCGACUUGGAUUAUCAAUGAACUAUUGAAGACCAUGAAAACGAAUAAAUCCAUAUCCGAUGAACAGAGUCUCAUACGCAACACAACGUGGUAUAUAAUGCCGGUACUGAAUCCCGAUGGCUAUGUCUAUAGCCAUGAGUAUGAUCGUUUUUGGAAAAAGUCACGUUCACGUCAUAUAUCACGGCCAUCGGGUCUCAUCAAUUCCGCCAUGACAUGGCUGCAAAAGAAACGGGUUCGCGACAGGGUGUGCUAUGGUGUCGAUUUGGAUCGUAAUUGGAAUUAUCAAUGGGGGAAGCGUGGUAGCUCACGUUCGCCAUGCAGUGAAUUCUUUGCUGGCCCUGGACCAUUUUCAGAGCCGGAAACAAAAGCCUUAUCGGAAUUUUUAAUGGACUAUCGAUCACAUAUAAAGCUCUACAUAUCUAUGCAAGCAUAUGGGCAAAUAAUCAGUUAUCCCUAUAAGGCGAAUACCACCUAUGAUGCUGAGCGUUUGGAUGACUUUUUGGAUGUGGCAAUGGUGGGCACAGAUGGCCUGCGAAAAAAAGGCAGUAAGACGCGAUAUAAAAUUGAUUCUACCAAUGAUUUGGUGGAGAAUCGAUCAGGUUGUUCCGAUGCUUUUGUGGCCUAUGAUGUGGGAAUACCAUUUAGCUAUACAAUGCAAUUGGCCGAUAAUGGUGUACAUGGUUAUUUGUUACCCAGUGCUGCUAUAGAGUCCACAUCGCGGGAUGCCUUUGAAAUUAUAUUGGCAAUGUUGGAUUAUAUAUAAAAUAUAUUCUUACUCAUAAUUUAUUGUGUUUAAUUUAUUUCUAUUUAUUUUAUUAUGUAAUUUAUUUAUUUUUUUAUUUAUAGUUAGUCAAUGGUAUUUUUAAGA